AAGGUGCAGUGUAGCUGCAGUUACCUGCUCAGCUGGAUAAGCCUUUAAUCAUGGAAAGAAGGCUCCUAAAGAAGGAAAUGAAAAAGCUCCUGGGAGAUUAUAUUGGCAUCAGACUUCGGGAAAAUGAAUUUGACCCAAAAGGAAGAAGGCAACUCACCUUUCUAGAUGAUAUGGCACACUAUGACUUGGCUAUCAACGUCGCUUUGCAAUGGCUGGAUCACUCAGAAGACUUAACUUGGCUGGAGUGGGAGAAAGUGAAAAUGUCAUUUCGGGGUAGACCCAUAUAUCCAAACCACAAAGAACGAGAAGCAAUGAUUUUAUCAUCUUAUGCUGGAAUCUUAAUGAACAGUAUUCCAAUUGAGGAAGUCUUUAACAUUUAUGGGGCUGGCUCUUCUUCCAGUUCUGGUGCUGCCAAGGUUCCCCGAGCUCCACCCUUCCGCCUCUCGUUGCACCCUUUGGCCAUGUUAACAGCUCCCAAAGCCGCAGAAUAUGCCCGCAAGCAGAGUGUCAAGCUAAGAAGGGCAGCAAUGAGCAAAAAUGCCACCAGCAGUUCUACAAGGAAAGCAAAUGCCAUGGAAUGGAAAUCAUCAAAAAAUUUAUCUUUGGACACACAGUCAAAGAACAAAGUCACUUAGAAACUUGGAAUUGCACCAGGGGAGUUCAUAAUAAAGUCUCUGGAAGAAGGGAACCAUCAUCUUAAAAUUGCAACUCUUGCCAGCAUAUUUUUCUUUGCAAUUAGCUUUUGAUGCGAAGUGCAUUGAAGCGUUAUUUUGGAUGUUGAGCUUUCUUCUCUUAGAAUCAUGUUGUUUGGCCAUAUUGUGGUUAAUAGCAAGUAUGUAUCUUAUGCUACUUCAUUGUGACUGGAAGAUGGUUGGCUGGAGAAUUUUGAGAAUAUAUACUAUUUCUGUGUUAGAGUAGGCUGACUUUGCAGCACAUUUUACAAAUGUUUAGCACUGAACAUUGCAGAAUAGUGGAGUAGG